GUUGGCACACAAGUGAUCUGCCGUCAGUGGGAGUUACUUUCAGCGAACUGUUGGACUGCACGAGCAAACACUCAAAACUCCUCGUGAGUUUUGUGACACUUCGUGGACAUAAUUUAGGCAAUCGUGGCAGAUUUUCUUCCAGCCCUCGGAUUAACAAAUAAUACUGUAAGAGGGGUGGUCGGUGAAUCACAUUUUCCACGAAGAUGUACAGUGAAUAAUGGACUCUCAUGAAGCAGCAAGUUUUCCUCUCGAAACAGUCGCGAAUUGUCAACAUUAUUCGUUCGUUUAGAAAUUAAAUCGCGCUUAACUGACGACAUCGAUCCGUUUUGGGUUUUUUAAUCGACGCGUUUAGUGCACGCUGCGUUGUUUUAAUGUUUAUAAAACAGUUAGACUAAAUCGAAAUCGAAGUUGAUUCGCUAUUUUCGACAUGUAGUUUUAUUAUGAUCUAUUAUCUGUGAAUGGUGAGAGAUGGUCGUGGCGUGGAUUUGUCUCGUGAGAGGAAUGUGAGUGGACGAUGGAGCUUCAGGUGUUGUGCGCGCUGCUGUACUUCUGUCUGCUGCCCGUCUCUCUACUGGGAGCCUGCAUCUUUCGUUACAACGCUCUCUCUUUAGUUUACCUUCUGUACCUGCUGCUAUUACCAUGGUUUCAUUGGCCCAACAAACAGAGUCUACGAGGACACACUGGACAUUACAUCAAAGCUCUGUUUUGCACCAGUCUGAUCUUUGUCUUGGCGCACGUCUGUCUUCAGAUCUGUCUCUAUACCGUCCCCGGCCUCGACGAUGCGCUCGGACACAACUGCAGCACAUGGGAGACUCUAUCGAGACACAUCGGCGUGUCCAGGCUGCCCCUGGAAGACCCCUGGGGUGUGGUGUGGCUCCUGACCCCCGAUCUCGGCAUCUUUCUGGUCUCAUUGGUCACUUUGAUACUGUGCUGUCGACUUCUGAAGAAGAGGGAUGAAGGGUCUGUACCUCAGAUGUCUGCUCUUCUACACGAGGAGGACGAAACUGAAGAUGAAAACGAGGAUGAGAGAACGAUGUCCUGCAGCGAGCCGGAGGACGAGGAGGGUCUUUUAUCCAGCAGUGGAGCUGCGCAGUUAGCCGCUCGGCUGCGUGCCACAGCUCAGCGAUUCUUCAGAAACAUGGGCCGCGUGGCGGCCGUCACACUGCUGGCGCUCGCCGGUAUCACCUUGCCGUCCGCCUUCUCUGCCUUUUACUUCCUGCUCUUCGUCGGCGUGUGCACGUGGUGGGCCUGUCACUUUCCCAUCAGUCAUCUGGGCUUUAACACGCUGUGUGUGAUGGUGGCCUUCUUCACAGGUGGACACCUGGUGUGUCUUUACCUGUAUCAGAGCUCACCUGCACAGGACAUGUUCUCCCCGACGGGUCUGUGGGCCAGGUUGUUUGGUCUGAAGGACAUAGUCAGACCUGGAAACUGCUCGUCUUUUGGUGUCACGCUCAACGUGGAUCAUGACUGGCCGGUGUACGUCAAUCCAGGCGUUCUUUUGCUUCUCUACAUCUCUGUGACCGUUGUGCUGAAAAUCAACAGUUACAGUCAAUCCCACGACAACAAGGGAUGUAAUGUGUUUGUAUGUGUUGAGACCCGCGAGGGUGGAGCAGGAGUUCAAGGAGAUCAGGUUGAGGCGGGAGAGGAGGUGGAGCUCAAGCGCUGGGGCUCGAGAAGAGAAAGUUUUGAAGACGACACGCAGCAAAUACUUCUGACCUCAGGAGAGUCUCCUCUGUCUGAACCACUCGGAUGUAAAGAACCUGUGACCAAUGGAUCAAGCCGACAUGACAUUGCAGUCAAUGGAGAGGCUGAGGGUGAUAAUCCUCUUCGCAUGGUGGGCCGACUGAUCUUACAACAGAGUUACAUCUGUGCCCUCAUCGCAAUGAUGGUGUGGAGUAUAACGUAUCACAGCUGGCUGACGUUUGUGUUGCUGCUGUGGUCGUGUGUGAUCUGGAUGCUGCGUGCCCGUCAGCGCUUCGCUGCCCUCUGCUCUCCCUUCAUUCUGCUGUACGGACUCGCUCUCUGCUGCCUCCAGUACGUCUGGGCCAUGGAUCUCGAGACGGAACUGCCCCAACACAUCGGCACCAUGAGCCUGCGUCAGCUGGGUCUGGACCGGGCGCAGUACCCCUGUCUGCGACUAGGAGCCAUGCUGCUGUUCAUGUUGACAUUUUGGCUUCUUCUGAGACAGUCGGUGAAAGACACUUUCAGCAGGAGGAUGAGAUCCAACGUCCUGCUGCAGGAGGUCACCACUGGAGGAGGUUCCGGGCGUAACGAGUCCAUUCUGAAGGUGCUGGGUGGGCUGGUGAUGAGUCUCUAUGCCAAAUACUGGAUCUACGUGUGUGGAGGAAUGUUCAUCAUGGUCAGCUUCGCUGGAAAACUCGCGGCUUACAAGAUCGUCUAUAUGCUGCUGUUUCUGCUCUGCUUGUGUCUCUAUCAGGUGUAUUACUGUCUGUGGAGGAGGUUACUGAAGGCUUUCUGGUGGAUGGUGGUAGCGUACACUAUGGUGGUGCUCAUUGUUAUAUACACCUUCCAGUUUGAGGACUUUCCUGGCUAUUGGAAAAACUUCACUGGAUUCUCGGAACAUCAGUUGUCUGAUAUUGGACUGGAGACGUUUAAACUCUCUGAGCUCUUCAGCAGAAUUUUAAUUCCAGGCUUCUUUCUGCUGGCCUGUAUUUUACAGCUGCAUUAUUUCCAUAAACCCUUCAUGAAGAUCACAGAUCUGGAGCACGUCAACCCUCUGCACAGGAAGAGAGGAAGAGACAAUCCGGAUUUGGUUCAGUCCACAGAGGAAGGGACACUUGAGGAGGAGGACGAUCUCAACACUGAGCAGGAUGAUGAUCCAUCGGAGGCGGACGAGGUGAUACCCAGUAAGUGGGGUCUGGUGAUGGACAGACUGAUCGUGCUGUCCAGAAAGUUCUCCGACACGCUGACCCACAUUCAGAGCUUCAUUUGGAGAGUUCUGGAGUUUCACAUCGUGAAAAUCGUGGCUUUUUUCGUGGUGUGGGUGGCACUGCUGGAGCCGACUGCAAUGAACCUGGUGCUGGUGGUUUUAUGGAGCUUCGCCAUGCCGUACGCCCGUUUCAGACCCAUGGCCUCGUGUCUCUCCACCGUCUGGGUUUGUGUCAUCAUCGUCUGCAAGAUGCUGUAUCAGCUCAGCGUGGUCAACACUGCAGAAUACUCCAACAACUGCACCAGGCCAUUGGUGAAUGAGACGAGUCUGGAGCCGGAAGAAGUGCUGAACUCCACACUGUACAAAGCACCCGUGGAUCCAGCCCAAUGGUUUGGCAUUAGAAAAGAUGCUACUGUACUCGGUUACAGCAAGGAUCAUCUGCUGGUCCUGAUGCUGCUGGUGUUCGAGGCAACGGUGUACAGACAUCAGAUUCAUCACUACAGACAGAAACAGUGCUCACCUCCCACCGUACCAGCCAUCCUUCCCCAGGCCACCCGAGACACGCUGGACCAGAGUCUCCUGCACUGCGUCAAAUACCUGCUCAACUACAGCUUCUACAAGUUUGGUCUGGAAAUUUGCUUCCUCAUGACAGUGAAUGUUAUUGGCCAGCGUAUGAACUUCCUAGUCAUUUUUCACGGAUGUUGGUUGGUGGUCAUCAUGGUGCGGCGGCGCAGAGAAGCUAUUGCCCAGAUCUGGUCCAAGUACUGUCUGUUUCUGGUUAUUUUCAUGAUCUAUCAGUACGUCCUGUGUGUGGGCAUCCCUCCUGCGCUCUGUAUAGAUUAUCCCUGGAGAUGGAGGACCAGUGUAACCAUCCACUCGGCUCUUGUCAAAUGGAUUUACUUACCUGACUUCUACACCAUCCCCAAUUCUAAGAACCUCAUCUCGGAUUUUCUUCUGCUGAUGUGCGUGUCGCAGCAGUGGAUGGUGUUUGAACAUGAGAAGAAGGAGGAUUGGAUGGUCCUGGGAGGAGAGAACAAAGACAAUCCAGAUCCAAUGGAGGACAUGCCCUUUAACCCCGCCCCCAACUUCAUCAACUGCAGAUCCUAUCUGGACAUGGCAAAGAUCCUGGUGUUCCGCUACAUGUUCUGGUUUGUUCUGGCCGUGGUGUUCGUGACCGGGGCCACUCGGAUCAGCGUGUUCGGGUUGGGGUAUCUCCUGGCCUGUUUCUUCUUCCUGAUCUACGGCACCAAGCUCCUGGUCAAGCGGUCCCGCACGCGUCUGCUCAUGUGGGACUGUCUGAUCAUCUACAACGUGGCUGUGAUCGUCUCCAAGAACGUUCUGUCCAUCCUGGCCUGCGUGUUUGUGGUGGAGAUGCAGAAGAACUUCUGCUGGGUCAUACAGCUCUUCAGUCUGGUGUGCACCGUCAAAGGCUACUACGACCCUAACUCUGUGUGCAGCAAAGAGUGCUCUCUGCCCGUGGAGGAGGCGGGUAUUAUUUGGGACAGCAUCUGUUUCUUCUUCCUCCUCCUUCAGAGGAGAGUCUUCCUGAGUUUUUACUUUCUGCACGUGUCCGCCGACCUGCAAGCAUCAGCGCGUCAGGCGUCACGGGGUUUCGAGUUGUUCCGCGCCAGCAUCAUAAAGAACAUGCAUUUCUAUCAGCAGGCCGAGAAGAAGUCAUUACAACAGCUGAAGGAAUCGAUGAAGCGCAUAAGUGACAAACAGCAGAAAUACAAACAGGGGCGUAAAACGUCUGCCGUGGACGAGCAGCCUUCAGACUCUACCAAAGAGUCCAAAGAGUGGCAGUACCCCUGGAAAAACCAUGCGACUGUGUUGCAUUCUGGGGAAUAUUACAUGUUUGAGUCUGACAGUGGCGAGGAAGACGAGACUCUUCAGGAAGAAAAGAAGCCCCAAAAACAGACUGCGUUUCAAUUGGCGUAUCAGGCCUGGGUCACCAACGCAAAAGAAGCCCUGAAAGAUCGUCAACAGAGACAGAGAGCUGAGAGAAAGAUGAAACGGACACAGUCACAGACAUCAGGUGAUGUAGAUGAAGAUGGAGCUGUGUUUGAUGUUGACAAUACUCAAGAAGAGGAGGAGAUGGCAGAAGGUGGUGAAGGGUUAGUUAAAGGGAGUGAUAUAGUGCAAAGGAUUCUGGACAUCUUGAAAUUCCUCUGGGUGCUUUUUCUGGCCAUGGUGGACGGCUUUACCAUGUGGCUGAACCUGCUCACCAAGCAGUAUGUGGAGACCUCCAUGGUCCUCUGUGAGGAACGUUACCUCUUCAUCCAUAACAUCAGCCAGAGACCCUCCAGAGAGGCGAUGGAGGACCAGCUGUCACAGGACAGCGAGAACCUGACAUUAGAAACCGGCCUCGAUGAAACCGACACGGACAAUGUGCACUUCAGCAGCGACGCCAAUGUGGUGGAGUUGGAGCCGUUGAGAGGUUUGCCGAAGGCUCGUGAGUUUAGCAGCACGACACUGGACUCUGAACUCACGCUAGAGCUCGAUUCAGAACCCUUUUACAGCGAACGACCUCGACGAUCCAGAACCGCCAGCGAGCUGCUCGCAGAGAGGCCGCCGUGUGUUGAGGAGCUCAUUCAGAGUCGUGAGUUCUACUCGUCUCAGAAUCGUCUCCUCAAGCUGAUGUUUGCUCUCUACAACGUGCUGGCGGCUCAUUCUGAACUCGUCUGUUAUUUGAUCAUCGUACUGAACAACCUGGUCACAGCAUCCGUCAUCUCAUUGGUUCUGCCAAUCCUGGUGUUUCUCUGGGCCAUGCUGUCCGUGCCACGACCCACAAAGAGGUUCUGGAUGACGGCCAUCAUCUAUACGGAGGUCAUGGUGGUGGUGAAAUACCUGUUUCAGUUCGGCUUCUUCCCGUGGAACACUGAGUAUGAGCUGAAGUUAAAUGAAGACAAGGCCUUCUUCCCUCCUCGUAUCCUGGGACUGGAGAAAACCGAUAACUACAUCCGUUAUGAUCUGCUUCAGCUACUGGUGCUCUUCUUUCACCGAUCGCUGCUCCAGCGUUACGGUCUCUGGGAUCACGAGGGUCCACUAGAGGAGAAGAGAAAAAGCUCAUCUGAGGACAAGAGUCAGGAAGAAACAGAGGAGAAAGUCUUUCAACUCUCAGAAGAGGAAGACAGUCAAACGCAGGCGGAGCCGGAGACUGAAGUGCUGUCAAUCACAGCGUCAGCGGAAACGCCCACCGAUGGAGAAAUUACGAGCGACCCUGAGCAAAACUUCAACAAGCCCGCUAUCACGGACACCCUGGAUACAGCCACAGAGGAUGGACAGAAGAAGCGACGAUUCCUUCGCUUCCGCAAGACCAAACAAACGAAAAAAGACACUACAAAGAAAGAGUCCAAGAAGAAAAAGAAGUCCAAGAGCAAACACAGACAAGAAAAGGGCAAAAGACUUCUGAACGCUGUUCAAGGAAAACUCGAGGCUGUUUUCUUAUCCGUAGUGAAGAACGUGUACAGGCCCACCUGCGGCUUCUUCAGAGACAUCUUACACGCAGAGUACCAAGCGGCUACUGAUGUCUACGCCCUCAUGUUCCUCACCGACGUGGUGGAUUUUAUCAUCAUCAUCUUCGGUUUCUGGGCUUUCGGAAAACACUCGGCCGCAGCAGAUAUAGCUUCAUCUCUAUCUGAAGAUCAGGUCCCUGAAGCCUUUCUGGUGAUGCUUCUCAUUCAGUUCAGCACUAUGAUCAUCGACCGAGCGCUCUAUCUCAGGAAGAGCAUCUUGGGUAAACUCAUCUUCCAGGUUAUACUGGUGUUCGGGAUCCACCUGUGGAUGUUCUUCAUCCUCCCAGCUGUCACUGAGCGGAUGUUCAGUCAUAAUUCAGUGGCACAGCUCUGGUAUUUAGUGAAGUGCAUCUACUUCACGCUGUCGGCGUACCAGAUCCGCUGUGGAUACCCGACACGGAUCCUUGGAAACUUUCUCACCAAGAAAUACAAUCACCUCAAUCUCUUCCUCUUCCAAGGUUUCCGGCUUGUUCCCUUUCUAGUAGAGCUGCGGGCGGUGAUGGACUGGGUUUGGACCGAUACCACACUGUCUCUCUCCAACUGGAUGUGUGUGGAGGACAUCUACGCCAAUAUCUUCAUCAUCAAGUGCAGCCGGGAGACCGAGAAGAAAUAUCCUCAACCGAAAGGGCAAAAGAAAAAGAAGAUCGUCAAGUACGGGAUGGGCGGUUUAAUCAUUCUCUUCCUCAUUUGCAUCAUCUGGUUUCCCCUGCUCUUCAUCUCAUUGGUCAAAUCGGUAGUGGGCGUGGUUAACCAUCCGGUUGAUGUCACAGUCACAGUGAGGCUUGGAGGCUACGAGCCAGUAUUCACGAUGAGCGUUCAGCAGCAGUCAAUUCAGCCCUUCACCGAGCGCGACUACAAUAGCCUCACCAGCCAGUUCGGAAAAAAUGCUGUGGCCAUGCAGUUUAUAACCAUGUACAGUUAUGAAGACAUCGUGACGGCUAACAUUGAGGGCAGCUCAGGGUCGGUGUGGAGAAUCAGUCCGCCCAGCAGACAGGAGCUGAUAAAAGAGCUGACCGGCAGCAACGGUGACAUGACGCUGAGAUUAGACUGGAACUUCCAAAGGGAUCUUGGGAAGGGAGGAACGGUGGAAUACACUUUUGACAAGCACACUAUCAGUUUGGCACGAGGGAACCCGGUGAGAGCGGAGCUGGCUGAACUGCUUCUGGGUAACCGCACAGAGCCCGUGUUGAUACCUCACAUGUUUCCAAACUACAUCAGAGCACCGAGCGGUGCUGAAGCUAAAACAGUCACCCAGCUGUACGAUGGUGGUGAGGACGGAUAUCAGGAUGUGACUUUGUCUCUGAUGAGAGACGCGUCUCUGAACGGAAGCGGCGCACCGGAGUGGUGGGACAUCAGCAUCGCCUACUGCCGAGUGUCAUGUGACGUCUUACCCAUGAUUAUUUUCAAUGAUAAAGUGAGCCCGCCGAGUCUGGGCUUCCUUGCUGGAUACGGGAUUAUGGGGCUGUACGUGUCAGUGGUGUUGGUCAUCGGCAAGUUCGUCCGAGGCUUUUUCAGCGAGAUCUCUUACUCCAUCAUGUUCGAGGAACUGCCCUGCGUGAACCGCAUCCUCAAACUCUGCAUGGACAUUUUCCUGGUGCGGGAAACCGGAGAAUUGGAGCUGGAGGAGGAGCUGUACUCGAAACUCAUCUUCCUGUAUCGCUCUCCAGAGACCAUGAUCAAAUGGACUGCCGACAAGACUCGAGACUGAAAGGGUGUUUACAAAAUUUCCCGAUGUUCACUCGGCUUCAAGGCCGGAUGGAUGCCUGUGGCACCACGGAUCGUUCAACGUCUUAUGAACUUUAAGAGUCUAUAGCCAUUUCUCCAAUGAUGUGGAGCUUCCCUGACGGACAGUAAAGACUGAGUUUCUCUUGGAGACGUUGAGCUUACAUGCAUCAUUUUGAUUGAACUUUAACAACGUUAAAAUCAGCGUUAACGUGACAGUCGAGCUGUAGGACCUGAGGACACUACAUACAGACCGUCCAAACGUCCAGCGCACAUACAUCAGACAUGUCCUGGUAGGACCUGGAAACGCAAACACUAUUGAGGGUGAAUCACGGAAACGGUCAACACUACGUCCAGGUCUUAUUUCACCACCAAAAUCAAAAGAAAAGUGUCGUUUUAUUUUAGGACGUUUUUUCAUUUCAUGUCUAUUCUAGCCGUAAUGCACACUCGUGACACUACAACAAAUUCCAUAUGGUGUAUAAAAAGUUUACAAUGUCUUGUUACUAUCUUUGGGGGGGUGAAAUGUGACCCGGUGCGUGUACUUUUGUCUGUUUUCGCUACUGCAGCCAAAUUGUUUACAAGCCAAAGAGAGCCAUUUAGUAUUCUUUCUGGUUUUACAAAUUGUGAUCAAGACAACACUUGAAGACAUUUCAUGUGGUUUCCUAAUAAUAAAGCUGGUCAGGUCACAGCUGUUUUACUUUAGGAAGAAGAUAAUUCUGACAUUUUCAUUCGCUGCCUGCUGGAAUGCUGCGCUUCGCCAUCUUGGCCAUCGGGAUGACGUCUGGAUUUGAAAUUGUAAAUGUCUUAAGUGCACACGUCGUGUAAUUGUUGUGCCAACUUUGAUCUGUAAUGGCUGGAAUGAUUUUCACUGUAUGGUUACACAAAGAGCAUGUACUUCAGAAAUCAUGAAUGUUGCCCAUCUGCACAAAUAAAUGACUAUUAAUGACCGUGUCAGCU